GUAGCAGGGCGCGGUGGUGGCGCCACGUCCCGGGCGGCGUCCGGGAAGGAGUCUUUCGGCAGUGUGUGGAGUGGUCAUGGCCUUCACGCUGUACUCCCUGCUGCAGGCGGCCCUGCUGUGCGUGAACGCCAUCGCCGUGCUGCACGAGGAGCGCUUCCUCAAGAACAUUGGCUGGGGAACAGACCAGGGAAUUGGCGGAUUCGGAGAGGAGCCAGGAAUUAAAUCUCAACUAAUGAACCUCGUUCGAUCUGUCAGGACCGUGAUGAGAGUGCCAUUGAUAAUAGUCAACUCAAUUACUAUUGUAUUGCUUUUGUUAUUUGGCUGAACAUCGUUGGGAAAUCAGAGACUCAGAAGAAAGGCCCCAGAAAUUACUAUUGCCAUCGUGACUGGAAUAUUCAUGUUUUAGCAGGCUCAUCUUGCAGCUGACAAAAAAUGUAAAGUUGACAAUAAAACCUGCUUCUAUAUAUCUGAUGUUUUUCAGUGUUGAACUUGUUGUUACAGUACGAAAGAUCAGAUCAUCAGAGGCAGGAGUGCUCCAGGAUUGCACACCUGUAUGGUUAAACUAGGUUAUUUAAGGGCUGCUGCCUCUGCCUCCUUACAUAUUGUUCUGUCUCACAACUCAGGGAUGGACUUCUUUCCAAAGUUUGGAAUCCCUUGUCAUUUAGGAAUGACCUAAGGGUAAUUAACUUCCUGUGUAAACUUAAAGAGGUUUUUAAAUGAACAGUUACAUGUGAUUGACAAAUUGGUGAUUUGGGUAAUUUAUUCUGAGGUCUUUGCUUAAGUAGUCUACAUCAUCUCUGCUAUAAAGAAAUUUAUAGAUAACGCCAUGCGGCAAUGCCCUGAUCUCAGGGAGAAUUCCAAUUCUGUAAAUCAGUUGUUUGGUGACUGUGGUUUUAAGUUCUUUUUAAGCUGUUGCUGACUUUAACAAUGAGACCAGAGUAUUUACAUAUAUAGUUUCAUUGUUAUAAAGUCUUCUCUUUUUACAGUGAUGAUUUGUUUGAUAAAAUCAGUACAACUGUUAGAUAGCAAAUUUGGCCCAUGUAAUCACAAAGUAAGCUGUUGGAACAGGCAGUUUAUCAUGAAUCAUUUCCCAGGUCAUAUUUCCUUUUCUUGGAGUAGCAUAGUAAAGGUAUGAUUCUUAGUUGCUCAUUCUGUCUGUCAGUAGACCAUUUAUGCUAGCUAACUUUUAAUUUCUGUUUGUUUUGAUGUCUUUUGUUAAUCUUGGGCCAACCUUGUGAGGUACUUUGCUCAACCCAUAAUACUAUGGUACAUUUUAUAUAGGAAGAUUUAAACUGUGCAAAUAUUAUGUGAAAUGUUUCUGUUGCAAUGUUUUAAAUGGGUGGGAUGGCAUCUUUCUGUACAGGAAAACUUUUAUAAAUAAAGUUGACUUUCCAACUCAA